AACAAUGGCUUUCAAGUUGGUCGCUCUUUUUGCAGUCCUGGCUGCUGCCCGAGCUGGAACUGUUCAGACUGUUGACCCUUUUGGCUUCGCAGCCCCCGCCUUUGCCCCCAUUGCCGCCGGAUUACAAUGGAUUCAGACGCCUUCUCAAUAUGGAGCCCUCAUGCCUCUUUACAACCUUGAAGCCGCCGCGGAGGAUGUCCUGAACCAGUUGUCAGAAGAGGUCAAAAACGGUGACGUUAUUCUGAGAUUCACCUUUGACAUUGCGGAGCGUGAUGGAAAAGUGCGCACUGUAGCCUAUUACGAAGAACCCAGCGUCAUUUUCAACUUUGUCGCAAAAAAUCCAUCCUCCGGUGAGGCCGCUCCUACCCCAGUUCUGCCAAAUCAAGUUAGGGCCAUCGUGGAAAAGUUGAAGGAUGAGAUCCGUUACGGUGGCAUCAUUCUGAGGGGGACAUUUGAUCUGAUACAGCCUGACGGUAAAUUGCGCACUUUGUCCUACUACGAAGACGCCAGCAUCAUUUUCAACUUUCUUGCAAACAAAGCGCCCACCGUUCAAAGUCAGCAACGUCCCAUCUUUGCCGCUCGUCUGAUCGCCCCUGCUCCUUUGGCUCCGUAACCGCGAUAAUUAUUAUGUAUUUGAAGACUUUUGUAUCCCUCCUUUUGCGACACCUGUGCUUGGAAAUGUAUCUUCUAAUCACGUACUAAUUUUGACCAUCUCUAAAAUUUUUAUUAAAAUAAAGUA